AUGAAUCCAAAUACACCCUUCAACGAAAGAUUUGCUAAAAUCUCUGAAAAGCUCAACUCAAUCUAAUUAUAACAUGAUUCAUCCAAAGCACAUAGAAUUGAUAAUAUUUGCGGAAGAAUUACAGGAGUCGAAGAGAGAAUGCAAGACACGAUCACUUCCUAUAAUAGGAAACUUCACUCACUGAAAGAUGAAAUAGUUCGUCUUCAAAAAUAAAUCGAAGAGGAGAACAAUGCCUUUGAAACCUAAUUUGAACAAAGAGUGAGAGAAGUUGCUGCUUUCGAAAGUCGAAUCACAACUAAACUCGAAUAAGAAAUUGCUUUAAGAAAAGAUGGAAAUCUCAAAUUACAAGGAUAUUUGGAUGAGAAAGUUGUCUAUUUAAAGUCAGACACCUAAACUGAAGGAAAAAUUAGAUAAGAAUAAAUUGAAAAUAUUACAACAUCUUUGGAAAAUGAUCUACCUAAGUUAUAUGACAUGGUUAAAACUGAAGGUUAAGACAGGGAAGAUAGCGAUAAUGGUACUCUGAGAAGAGCUGGUGAUGAAAUUAAACGAUUGAACGAGGGUCUAGGAAAUUAAAAAAAAUUGAGAGAAGAAUCAGAAGCAGCAAUCUUUGAAAUGCUUAAAGAUCUUGUUUCCAGAGUCAAGAGCGAAAUAGAAGAAGAAAAAAAAUUAAGAGAAGAAUCUCAAGAAUCCCUUCUAGGACUUCUAGAAGAUGCUUGCAAUAAAAUUUAUAGAGCAGCUAAAGAUUGAAUAUUUCAAAAUAUAAAAAUAGACACACAUCCACACAUA